AUGAAGCAGAAUGACAAACUGUCCUUUCAACACAUUUCCAAAAAACUAGAACUUCGCCAACCCAAUAAAGAAGCAGUUCAAACAUUUUUAGAACAUUAUUACAAUUCUGAAAAUAAUCCUGAAAAAUUAUCAGAAUAUAUUCUCUCCGUAGCCACUGGAGUCGGAAAAACUUACAUAAUUGCCACUAUCUUAAACUAUUUAACUGAAACCGAAAAGAUAACUAAUUUUCUAAUUGUGGCUCCUGGAAAAAUAAUCAGAGAAAAGACCAUUAACAAUUUUUCACUUAACAAACCUAAUUCUUUGGCUGAUAAAAUAACUAUCAAACCACCGUAUAUUAUUGAUAUCAAAAAUUUUCACACCGCCAAAACUACUGAUAAAAAUUCGGUUAAAUUAUUUAUUUUUACCGUUCAAUCUUUAACUCAAGCCAAAGGCAAAACCGCUCGCAAAACUA